AUGCGGCAAAAUCUCCUUCAUCCCAGGAGCCGGCUCUCCAUCACUCAAUGGCUGGAAAGGAGUUUACUUUCCUUCUGGCCAGUUUCGGUAAACCAAGCGGCUUCUUACUGCAGCAGAAGAGCAGGUCGGAAAAAUCAGAUGCCCUCUCCCAUAGAUCCAUCCGCGAUCUUCGGAAAGCAUCUACUUAUGGACGAAAAACUAGAAGAAAACAGGGUGCUUUCUCCUUUUUCCUUUCAACUGGUGCUCAGCCUCCUUGCCGCUGGCUCUGCCGGUUUCACCCGCCGUCAGCUUGUCAAGUUCUUCGGCGUUGAUUCAGUCGGCCGGCUCAAUCGCGACGCCUCCCAAAUUUGCGGCCCCAUCAUGGCCGAUGCCGCUGUCGGCCCUCGUAUGCGUUGCUCCACUGGCUUGUGGCUUGACCAAUCCCUUACUCUGAAGGCCUCUUUUAAGCAGAUUCUAGACUCUCAUUAUAGAGCCGGUCUGAACCCAGCGGACUUUCAGGCCAAGGCUGUUGAUGGGAGCUCAGUGAAGCUCGUCUUUACAAAUGCACUAUACUUUAAAGGAGCAUGGCGUGGGGAAUCACUUCCAUGCCUUUUAAGCAAUAGCCAAGAGGAGCAAGAAGACUUUGAUUUAGAUCCCUUCUCGGCUGCCAUGAGCAAGGAAGAAUUUGGUAGAUGGCACAGGGGUUACACAAUGCUUAUUCAACAAUUUAAAAAGCCUAGGAAAGACGAGCGCGAUGCCGAAAUGUUUUCUGUUUCCCAGGGAUAG